AAACCGCAAAGUCCGCAAACCGACGAAGUUGCAGACAGCAGUACAGUAACGUAAAAUUGUAGAUCUAGUAUUAGUAAUUCUUUAUUGUUGAUUAGUUUUUGUUUUAAAAUAUGGCAAAGUUUAGCGCGUGUUUUCAUCUCUGUCCUUUAAUUGAUCAAAAGAGUUUUCUUGGCGUCAUGGAUGAAUCCGUCAAUGGAUGUGUUAUUAUAACCCUUGGGAAGAACAUGGUUAUCAGAUACAAGCUCUCAGAUCAAAAACAAGUGAGCAGCUGGAGCACUGGCAGUAAAGACAAGCUGUCUGCUCCGGUAGUGUAUGAUGCUGUAAGUCAGCGUUACAUUGGAGUGUUUAACACCAACCAGCUAUCAACUUGGGAGGAGAGCUGUGUGCAUCUCAAAGAGCUCAAGAAGUUAAAGUUUACCUCAGCCAUAGAUCGUGUUCUGACAAGCCCUUGUUCGGCUGAGCCUGUGGUUGUGUUCCGUAGUGGCCACGUUGCUCCUCUACAACAAGCCCUCGACAGACGACAACAACGCCCACCUAGAGACCCAUUAUUGAGCGAAGGUGAAACCAUCAACGAUGCUCAUUUAGUCACUCUAAUAGGAACUGUUGUCGUGGCUCUGUUUACUACCACAGCACAAAAUGUACACCUGCUGCACUUGUUACCGGUUGGCGAGGGGUUGUUGACUCCAUCAUGCCUACAGCUGCGGAGAAAAUCUGAGAACGACGUUAAGCUCAUCGGACACACCCUUGUGGCUCACGAGUCGUGUUAUCUGCUCACUUUGUGGUCAGAUGGUCAACUGUUCAGUGUAGAGUUGCCAACCCGAGAGCCGGAGCAGUUUCCUGGCAGGUCAUUGGCAACACUGGCAUUCAUCAGUCAUCGUCACCCAGCCGCAAUCUUGCCACUCAGUCCCACCCAUGUAGCCGUGUAUGGAGCUGAUGCUAGUGAGGAGGGAGCACUUCUAUUCAUCUUCAACACACAACUGUGUGUUACGCAGUGCAAGCAGUACUUCAAGCUGUACACGACGCCUGCGAGGCUCUGGGAGGUUGGCAGCAGUGCGGUGUUGCUCGCUGCCGGACAGUACUUGGCGGUGGUGCCGUAUCAGCUGGGCAAACAGAGGUUGGCAGCACUGGUGGGUUCACAGGAAGGUGACGCUCCUCCCACCACAAUGCAGGAGUGGGGCGAUCAGGCCGAGGACGACGAGGAACACCAGGUGUCGACACAGCAUCUGCAAAAACUACUGCAGAUGUACAUGGAAGAGGGGAUGUCACAGAGAAUGAUCAGUCAAAGUCUGUUUUUACCAACUUUAGAUGCCUGCGAUGUUGAAGGAUUGACCAGUUUAGUGAAGAGCCUCAACGAUAUUCCAGAGUCCUGCAUCCUGUCUGUUAUCAUGUUCUGUCUCAAGGACAUAGAAAAGGAAGGCUACAGAGAGUUGCUGCGGAGAGUGCUGCUGGUGCCUGUGACCCCGGACCUGCCCACACUCCGGUUGCUGCGGUCCCGCCUGGGCCUUGGCUACGUACUGCAGCUGCUGCGGGAACUAACUGACACAUUGCUGGACACACCGGGGGAGCCUCGACUGAUAGAGUGGGCCACACUGCUGCUGGACGCUCACUACCAACAGUAUCUGCUGUCCAGAGACAAAGCUGUUAUUGAAGUGCUGACAGAACUCAAAGCUGUUGUGGAUGAUCAAAUUGAAAAAAUGGAAGUAUGGAAAGACUUGGAGGCAUUGCUUCUGCAACUGAAGACAAAACAAGGACUUUCAGACCAUGGCCAUAGCAUCAACAACACAUACUCUAUUGAACAAAUAAAGCUCUACUGAUACGUAA